GCCACCCAAAAGUUAAGGCUGCGAGCUGAGUAGCAACACUUCAAUUCUUGUUCUCUCAAAUACCUUCAAUUUACACAAAACAACCACAACAAAAAGAAAACGUGGAAAAAAGGGAGCAGGAAAGGAAAAAGGAAGAGGCAAGGAAGGGAAAACGAAACUCGGCAGACUCGGUCAACAUGCGUCUCCUCCCACAUUCACUAUGGCUCUUUAUAGCCGCCCACCUCGAAGCCGCGCAGGCGCAACAACAAGCUUCAGGGUAUCAUCAUCAUCAACAACUGCCCACAGCAAUCAAGAAGAUGUCACCCGACCAAAGCGAGAAAUUCCACCCUCACUACGUCGCCUUUGCCGAUUCCAGCAGUAGCCCCCCCAAUAGUAACCCAAACCGCCGCCCGCUUCCCCUGCGGAUGAACUUCAUAUCAGCCGAGGAGCAACAAGCCCCAGAAGUCAACCACCCCGUCCUCGCCGCCCGCCGUCUGGCCGAUGAACAAGAUGCGCUUCUUCUCCGUGCAAACUCCUCAGCACCAAUCUCCUACCGGCCACCAUUCGCCAACCACAAUCACCGCUCUCAGCAGCGAAGGCUAGAGGAGGAGGAAGAGCGAGCAUGGUCUCUCUUUCGGCGCUCACGCGAAGCGCUCGCCCGCCUGCAGCAUCGGCAAUGGAACUGCCCCGAGGGCACAGUCAGCUGCGCGCGUAUCGGCUACCCGAACAGUUGUUGUAGGACGUCGGAGACGUGCGUGGAGAUUGAGGAUGUUGGGCUCGGGAAGGUGGGAUGUUGUCCGGCGGGGGCGACGUGCGGUGGGUCGGUGUCGACGUGUGCGGAUGGGAACAUGGGAUGCGCGUCGGAGAUUGGGGGCGGGUGUUGUUUGCCGGGGUUUGUCUGUGCUGGUGUUGGGUGCAUCGAGGCAGGCACCUCCUCCACCAGCACACUUGAAGCUCCCACUACAAGCGACAUAACAGCCGUCCUCCCUCCCGUCCGCCCAACUUCCUCUCUCUCCAUCACCACCACCACGACGACCACCACCACCAUCACCAGCCCAUCUCCAACUACGUCUAGCACCUCCCUUGAUUACUGCCCAACAGGGUUCUACCCCUGCCUCGCCUCCGCCGGCGGCGGCUGCUGCCAAACCGGCCGCGACUGCAGCGUAACCAACUGCCCUCCAAUCGAGCUGAGCACCAUCAUCAACACCAACGGCCAGACCAUCGCGGUUCCCAUCACCGCAGUGCCGACAACCACUUCUGCGACAGGCACGUGUGCUAGCGGGUGGUAUAUGUGCGGAAAAGAGGCCGGGCCACUGCCGGGAUGUUGUCCGAGGGGGUACGCUUGCGGAAGCGUGAGCUGCUCGGUGGUGAUCACGCCCACCUCGGGGGAAUUGGCAACGGCGACGGAGGCGAAGGAGUUACCUACUCAUACCAAGCCGCCGGCUGCGCCGCUGGUUGAUGGGGCGGCGAGGGAGGUUGUGGGCGUAGAGGUGAUUGUUGGGGUGGCGGUUGUUGUUGGGGGGAUGAUGCUCUGAUUCGGCCAUGCGAGGGUUCUUUUGACGUGGAAGAGUGACGGAGCGACGACGAACCUGGCUUCAUGAUGAUCAAUGUUAACAUGUGUAUAUGUGGGUAGACGAUUUUCUAUGUUGGUUGCAUCACUUUGGGGUU